GGGACAAGGGACAGAAAUACGUAAUUCUCUGACAGUAUUGUUUUUAUUUCAGGAACUUAGUGACUUGGCUCGUGACCCACCAGCUCAGUGUUCUGCAGGCCCUGUUGGAGAUGACAUGUUUCAUUGGCAAGCUACAAUUAUGGGUCCUAACGACAGUCCAUAUCAAGGCGGUGUUUUCUUUCUGACAAUUCAUUUCCCUACAGACUACCCUUUCAAGCCACCUAAGGUUGCAUUUACAACACGAAUUUAUCAUCCAAAUAUUAACAGUAAUGGCAGCAUUUGUCUUGACAUUCUAAGGUCACAGUGGUCUCCUGCUUUAACUAUUUCUAAAGUUCUCUUAUCCAUUUGUUCACUGUUAUGUGAUCCAAAUCCAGAUGAUCCCCUAGUGCCAGAGAUUGCACGCAUCUAUAAAACAGACAGAGACAAGUACAACAGAAUAUCUCGGGAAUGGACUCAGAAGUAUGCCAUGUGAUGCUACCUUAAGUCAGAAUAACCUGCAUUAUAGCUGGAAUAAACUUUAAAUUACUGUUCUUUUUUGAUUUUCUUAUCCGGCUGCUCCCCUAUCAGACCUCAUCUUUUUUUUUUUUUUAAUUUACCUCUAUCCAUUCAUGCACAUGCUCAUCUGAGAAGACUUUAGCUCUUCCAGCUUUGGACAAUAACUGCUUUUUAGAAUUUGUAAAGUAGUUAUACAAGAACAAUUGCCCAAGAUUCAGAAUUCUUUAAAUGGAGCAUGUGUGUUGUGGCCAAUGUCUUCACUCUAACCUGGUUAUGAGAUUGAAAUCAUUCCUCACUGCUCUAACAGUUCUUCUGAAGAUAUCACCCAAAGGGAGGGGAGAUGGAUGUUCAGUUUGCUCACAUCACAGGAAAUAGCAUUGCUGUAGCAUCAUCCAUCUUGUUUUAAAACCUUCCAGUGUUAGAGACUGAGGUUUCAUGACAUACUUGUGCUCAUAACUGGUAUGGCUGGAGAAUUGGUACAGAACUUGUAGCAUCAUCAGAACAGAACACGUGAUGUAUCUUAUGCAUGUCAAUAAAGGAAUGACCAGUUCUUGUUCUACAGAGAAUGGAGAUUGGAAGUCCAACAUCCCUUGUAUUCCAAAAUAGGGUCUCGGAACAUUUUUGUAAUUCUCAUUUAAAUUUUGUUAGGAUGCUUGGAGCUAUUAGUUAAUCUAUCUUCCACAGCAGUUUAAUAUAGCACUGAAAAAAUGAUGCAAGUUGUCAAUGGAUGAAUGAUCAACUAAUAGCUCUCCUAGUAAUUGAUUUUAUUUUCUUCAAUAAAGUUACAUAAACCAAUGAGUUAGCUGCCUGAAUUAAUCAGUAUGGGAAACAAAGUCUUUUGUAAAAGCAAAGGUGGUUUUUGUAUAUACUUGUUGGGAUUUGCCUCAUUGUUUGACAUCAAAUAAUGAUGUGAAGUUAGUAGAGUGAACCUUUUUGCCAUGUUCAGUUAUAAUACUUGGUCUGUGUUCAGGUUGACACAUUGAUCAGCCCUGGAAGAUGCAGAAUUAAUAAGCUAACCUAGUAGUGUAGACUUUAGUGAGCUACACAAGGUCUUGGAAACCAAGUUUUCAACUACAGGCUUGGAAUCCAGCUGAUAUAUGUACAGGUGUAUUGUGGAGGCUUCACCAAAUGCACCCAGCUUGCUAACUGAGAAGCAUUUAUUCGCCUUGUAUACUUGACAGCUGAAAGAUCUUUUUGUGGGAGUAAAGAGACAAAAUUGCAAAAUAAAGUACUGUUUUGAUGUGGGAA